AUGUCGGACGAAGUUGCCACAAAGACUAUUGAGGAGGUCGUCGCCGUCACGGCUCAGGAGGUUGCUCCGGCCGCUCCGACCACCGAGCCACCGACCGAAACCCCGGCUGCUGCUGCUCCGGAAGCCGUCGAGGAGGCUCCGAAGGCCGAGGGAGAAGCUCCGGCUGAGGGAGAAGCCCAGGCUGCUCCGGCCGAAGAGAAGAAGAAGUCGGGCGGCGUCGCGCGUCGCUUCACCUUCAACAAGCGCUGGGGAAAGCACCGUGACGCGGAGCCGGCGCAGCCGAAAGAGCCCGAGGCGCCCAAGGAUCCGAAGGAGGACGUGCUCGGAUGGAUUGCUCAGCAAAUUCCGCAGGCUGUUCACAAGGUAGGCAAUUUGGGGAAAAGCACAAUAUUGGGAAGCGGCAGAUGGUGGUGUGAUUUUGGGUGGGAACAGCUGUUUCCGCUCGCUCACCCUCAUUUUGUACCCCAACGGAAAUAGGGUGUGGAGAGGAAAUUAACGGAUUAUCCGGGUUUGAAAUCGGCGUCUUUUUUGACGUUCUUUGAGCUUUUUUCUAAGUCGAAACGCGUCGGAAAUUGUAAUUUUCUUUCGGAGUUCAAGUUCAGCGCUUAUCGAGCUUUUGAAGAUAUUUCUGAUGAGAUUUUCGAAAAUUCGGAGAAAUUAUGAUUUGAAACUACUUUUCCAGAUCUUUCUGAACUGCUGAAGCUAUUUGAGAUCUUGUGGAUCUUUUUUCGCAUUUCUGAAGCUAUUUCUAGUCUUCUGAGGUCCUUUCUGAGAUUUUGGGGCUAAAAGAAACUGAAAUUGUCAUCCAGACUUCCAAAUUCGGAUAAUUCCUAUGAUCCAAGCUUUUUGAGCCGUCUCUGAGCCCUCAAAACCCGCGAUGAACACUUUGGCUCAUUACCCUUUCUCACUCUCUCUGCAAAUGACUCGUAUAGUCCAUUCGCAGCUCAUCAAGCUUUAUGGCGAGAAGCUCAACUAUACAAAGUCACGUUGUCGCUGCUGUUCCAAAGUCCAAUUUUUGAAUAGUCGUCUAAUUUCGAUUCGCUUCCAGUCGAAUGUGCACUUCUGAAAGUGUAAAUACGCAUUCAUCAGCAGGAAAUUGGAUAGCAAUCCAAACAUGCCCAACUUUUUUUAGCACCUCUUGGAUAUUAUACAUAGUACUAUUAGUAGUAGUAGUAAGUGUACAACUACUAAUAGUUCAUUAGGUGGUGUAUCCGAUCUCGUCUGCUAUUUGAUCGUUGCGGUACGGAGCGGACGAGUCGGACGAGGCCACCCAUCUCUGUUUGAUCGUACCGGCCCGAUUGUGUGUGUGUGCGAGUGUGUCGGCACUCUGUAAAAGGGCAGCUGUGCCAAUCCGCGCGCGCAAAAACGGAUUGAAAAGAGAGACUGUUUCCCUGUACAAUGUUACAAUGUAGCUGACGAGGUGCGCGCAAUCGGUUGCGCAACUCUUUUUUCCUCGACGAUGUCUUCUCCGAUAUCGAAUCGAGAAUCGGUCGGAAAAAGUUACACUCAGGACGGCAUUUGUUCGGUAACUCCGGUUUAAGACCAUAGGAACGUGAGAAGUGUCUAUGGACCAGGCCUGGGCGGAUUAGCGAUUGAAGCAGAGAAAAAAUCUGGGGGGGGAGAGAAUUACCAUUUGCGCGGUACCGGAAAGCUUCUGGAAGGUUAUCUGAACUCCAGAUUCUAGAUGACUUCAAGAAUCAAUUGUGAAAAGGAUCAACUGUUGAGGGGAACGAGAACCAACCCAAUCGAGAGCAAGAGCCCUUUCCGGAGAGCGCAAUCCCUCGGGGACCACUCUUGUGUUGCAAACGCUCUUCUGUUUCUGUUUCUGGUGCAGAGCCAAAUGAGCGAGACUCUUGGCUCAUUUGCUGGCGCGGCCAAGUGCGUGUGUUUGCAUCUGCAAUGGGUUCAUCCAUUUUUCGACGCCAAAGCGUCGCCCAAAAGUUUGUCGAGACGAAAAAAACGCUGAUGUGCAAUUGAUGGAGACAAAUGUUUGCAACGCGAACAAGCUGUGCAAAGAGCGAACAAAAAUUGGGAACAGAUUGAUUAGAACGAGUCCUUGGAGACUUUUGGGGGAACUUUCCAGCUUUGAAAAGUUCAAAAUGACCAGUUUUUUCUCGGGAAAUGAGCAAAUUUGAGCAAAGAGUAAUGUCGAUUUUUAGGCCAACUACCAAGUGAUCGACUGGGUCCAGAAGACGGCCAUCGCCGAGGAGUCGGAGCGCAAGGCGAUUCCAGGAAAGGACCAGGCGACGACUCGCAACCAGUUCCUCGGAUUCUUCAAGGACGGCGACGUUCUCGUCAAACUCGCCAACGCGCUUCAGGUUUGUCGCAUAAAAGAUUUGGGGUAGUGAUGAUGAUGAUACGAGGUGAUAAGUGAUAUAAAAUAGGUCGGAAAGGUGUCUAGAUCAAUUAGUCACUCCGAAAAUUCCAAAAUUCGGGGGAAAGUGAUAAGAUAUCAGGAACGGAGGUGAAAUUUCGAUGAAAUUUUAAUGUUCUAGGGAUUUGGACUAGAAAUCAACAAAUUUCCAAAUUCGAAAAUGUAGAAAACUAGAGAACUACGAACACGUUUCGAACUGUAAACCGCUUAAAUUUGCAGCCAGGAGCCGUUGAGGUCGCUACCGCCGAGGAGAACGCCGACGCGGCCGCCCAGAAAGAAGUGCAGAAGAAGAACAUCGACUCGUUCGGCGCGUGGGCUCAGCAGGCUCUCGGCUCGGAGACGGCGCCGAUCUCGGCCGAGGAUCUGCUCGAAAAGGGAAAGGCCGGCUACUCGGCUGUCUUCCAGACGCUCUGGCAGCUCGGAGUGCAGGCCAAGGACAAGUUCGACAAGGAGGGCUUCAACGUCGACACUAUCGUGCAGCUCGCGAACACUGUCGUCAAGAGCGGACUCCUCAACACCAUUCUCGGAUUCUUCAGAGUGAGUUUGGCCGGCGGAAAUGGUGUAAAAACGUGUUUUUUGCGAUAGAAAUAGCUAACAAAUUCAUUGAAUCCAUAGAAACUAGAAAAACUUGAGAAGAUUAGCAAAGCUUCAAUGUAAACACACAUUGUUUAAGUCCAGCGGUUCAUUUCUCAAACUAGUCUAAAUUUGUUCAAGUUUUGAUUUCUAUCAAUUGCUUUUCCUUCAAAAAUCCCUUUUCAUACAAAUAAUUUUUGCAGAGAAACCGUCAGGCAUCGACCGCCGUCGAGGAGCCAAAGGAGGAGGGCGCGGGAGCCGCCGAGGGAGAAGCAGCAAAGGAGGAUGCCGGAGAGACUGUCGACGAGCCGCUGGCCGUGAAGAAGGAGACCACGGCCCCGGCCGCCGUCGCCGCCAACUAG